AGGAGACAGGAGGCAGCAGGCAGCCCGCGGAGCAGGACCGGACAUAGAGACACCUGGACUCUGGCAUGCCGCACUCGGAGGGGUUUCUGUCUUUUUUAUUUGUUUGUCCCAGUCUUCCCAGGACUGCAGCCAAGCCUGAGUUAGGUUCAUCUGCUGCUGAGAAAUAAUAAUAAUAAUAAUAAAAGGACUUAAAACAUUAGAAACAAAGACAAGAAGUGCGACCCGGACUGGAACAGGAAUGGUUUAUCCUCCUGAAGGCUUAUUCUACAUCGAGAUGGAUCAAGCGCCACCAGCUCUUCCUCCCAGGUCCACGAAACCAGCCGUGUCCACCGCGAGCAACAACAACAGCUGCCCGUCUGCGCCUGUGUGCUCGCUGCAGGACGCCGAGUGGUACUGGGGCGACAUCACCAGGGACGAGGUGAACGAGAAGCUCCGAGACACACCGGACGGGUCUUUUCUGGUGCGGGACGCCUCCACAAAGCUGCAGGGGGACUUCACGCUGACGUUAAGAAAGGACGGGCACAACAAGCUCAUCAAGAUUUACCACCGCGACGGCAAGUAYGGCUUCUCGGACCCCCUGACGUUCACCUCGGUGGUGGAGCUGAUCUGGUACUACCAGCGCCACUCGCUGGUGGAGUACAACGCCACUCUGGACCUGAUGCUCACUCACCCCGUGUCCUGCUUCCAGCAGGUGACAGAAAACAGCGUCGACGUUGCUGGGAGGAAACUGAAGGAGGUCCACAGUCAGUACCAGGAGAAGUCCAAGGAGUUCGACCGUCUCUACGAAACCUUCACUAAGACCUCCCAGGAGAUCCAGAUGAAGCGCACGGCGAUCGAGGCCUUCAACGAAACCAUGCUGAUCUUCGAGGAGCAGUGUCGUGAGCAGGAGCGUUACGGGGAGGAGUUUGAGAGGAACGAGGGCCCCGACAACGACUUGGACAGCUUCCUGAUACAUUACGAGAAGCUGAAGUGUCGUCUCGGGGAGAUCUACGACAGCAAAGUUCACCUGGAGGAAGACCUGAGGACACAAGUGGAGGACUACAGGGAGACGGACAGGAGGAUGAACAGCUUGAGGCCAGACCUGGUCCAGCUUCGCAACAUCAGAGACCAGUACCUGAACUGGCUCAAUCACAAAGGCGUACGGCAGAAACGCAUCAACGACUGGCUCGGGAUACAGAGCGACAGUCUGGACGACACGUACGUGUUGAAGGGAGACGAGAAGAACCUGCCCCAUCAGGACGAGACGAAUUGGUUCGUCGGGGAGCUGAGCCGGACGCAGGCCGAGGAGAUGCUCCAGGGUAAAGCUCCCGGAACGUUCCUGAUCCGCGAGAGCAGCAAGCAGGGCUGCUACGCCUGCUCUGUCGUCGUGAACGAGGAGGUGAAGCACUGUAUGAUCUACAGCACGCCGCACGGAUACGGCUUCGCAGAGCCGUACGACGCCCACUGCUCGUUGAAAGACCUGGUCCUGCACUACCGCCUGCACUCCUUAGCGCAACACAACGAUGCCCUGGACGUCCGGCUGUCRCACCCGGUACACGCCAAAGCCGCGGCGGCUUCUUCCCCACAAACUGAGGAACACAAACUCUUACAGACUCCAAAACACACGACGGGGCUCCCUCCYGCUGCUCCCGAGAUGUGACCUGGCGCAGAUCCCGUUUCCUGUGAGAAAAAAAAUAAAAAUUUGCACUACAGUGAUUCCAUCGGUUUUCGUGAAUGGGAUCUCACAAAUUGAAGUGGGACCGGAACUUGAAUGUCAAGACUGUUUCAAACUCUUUUUAUAUAUAUUGCUGUCCGUUCAAAGGACCCUCCCUCUGGUUGGGAAGACCUGAAAGAUCUUCACUGGCGUCAGGUGCUCCACCUUUGAGCUGAUAUUGCUGGAGUUGUCCGUAUCCUGAAUGAAAAAUCGAUCAACCAAUGUGUCGGAUAUAUUGGGACGCUUCUACAAAGUGCAUUUGUGAGAGAAACCGAAAUGGUGCUGUUGACCGGUUCAUAUCCGCCUGGUGGGCCGAAAACAUUUUUGGGUUAAAGCGCCACGUGUAAUUAUGCUAAACAUUGUGGUGCAUCUUAACCACUUGCCCCUUUAUACCAGAUGUUCAUAUACAGAGGAUAAUUAUGUAGCAUUAACAUACUGUAGAAAACCAUAGUAGAGGCAUACUCGAUGUUAUACCCAUUGACCAAAGCACUUAAUAGUGAGCAAAACUACAUCCUUGUUUAGUGUGGUAAUUGCAUUUUGGCAAGGGUAAAGCAAUUUAUGUACACCUGCUGAUGUGCUGAUCAAAACAUAAUCUGAAGUACUGUAUGCUAUAUUCUGUUACUCAAAGAAGUAUAAGCUUUUUGUAUUCUAUAUAUAUUUUUUCUAUAAACAUGCCACAAGAUGAAAGCUUGAAGAAAGUGCAAUCCAGCAGUAUUCCUAUUGUUGCAAUGUGUGACGGCGGCGGUGGUAGUAGAAGGUAAUGCUGUUAUGAGAGGUUGACGUUUGCCACGUAGAUUCUCUCUCCCUCCGGGCGGCGGUCGGGACGGCGUGGCCUCCGAUGUUUGCGUGAACUGCCGAGGUCCGGAAGUAUCCUGCCUCCAUUACUUGAACUGUGGCAUUGCUCUAGCUAUGAAUGUCUCUUUUUUUUUUUUUUGUCGUUUUUGUUUUGUUUGUUUUUUUUCAUAACAUGCAGCCUACAUAGCUUAAGAGGAAAGGAAUCCAUGUUGAACUUGGCACAUUUUUCAAGUUAAAAGAACAAUAGACACUUUGUAUAGAGAUGCCGUGAAAUGUAUUUCUGCCGUUGGUUUGUGGAAGGAGGUUGAUAUUAAUUACUCCACUGGAGGACUGAUGAAACUCCUCGGGUAAAGCUGAGCAAUGUGAGAUCCUGACCUUUUAUCUUGCUGAAAGACAAUAAACUGAAAAGAGUUUUGUCAAUUAA